CCAUUAUCGCGAUUCUUAUCGAACUUCUACAUUCUCUGCCGAUGGGUUCUGUGUUUGAAAUUUGAAAAUGGCAGUUUCGGAAGCCCUCUCUCUGUUUCCCAGAGCCAUUUGUUGUGUUGUGAAACAAGCAACCUUGACUUGAGAGCCAAUUAAUAUUCUUCAACCUUCAACAUGAGCAAAAUAGUCAAUCACUUGCCAAACUCUGAAGAAACAGAGGGCUUCAAGGCUGUUCAGAAACCUCAUAAAGUGCAGAAAAACAAACAGAGAAACACAGUUUGGCUACAACAGUAGAGAUGGUUCCCUUGGUUAGCAAAUUCUACUGUUCAUCUUCUGAGGUAGUGCUUGUCGUUAGGACGAGACCACAUGUCGUUAAUGGAGGAGGUUUUGUGGUGACAGAUUGUGAUCAGAAAGUCGUUUUCAGUGUUGAUGGGUGUGGGAUUCUGGGAAAAGAAGGGGUGCUGAUUCUGAGAGAUGAGAAGAGGGAUGCUUUGCUUUUACUCCGCGGGAAGGGAGGGAUUUUUGAAGCUCUAAGCUUCCAUAAGAUAUGGAAGGCCUACAAAUACGACUACCAAGGAUCUAAAAAGCUGGUUUUCAGCUUGAGAAGGCCCAAGUCAUGUCUUCCUGUGAAAAACGAUGCUGGAAUCAGAAUCAAAACAGUUAGCAAAAAAGAUUGGGACUAUGAGAUCAGUGGAUAUUUCCCUGAUAAGGAAUGCAGCAUCAUUGACUCUCAUGGAAAUGUGGUAGCUCAGAUUGGAGUAAAUAAGAAGGCCGGAGAGUGGUUAAGCAAGGAUCUCUACUAUGUGUCAGUAAAACCUGGAAUCGAUCAGGCUUUCGUUGUCGGGGUCAUUGCCAUUCUUGACAACAUCUAUGGUGAAUCAACCAGCUGCUGAAUUUGUAAUAUAGGCAAGGCAGAUUAAACAAGGGGAGAAAUGCUGCUCAACUUUCGUUUUCCCCAUAUCUUUAACUCUAGCUCUUGUUCAUGUGAUUGAACUGGAGGCUUCUGGUGGUGUUCCAUUUCGCUUGUUUGCAUGAACUGGGUCUUGUUAAUAGCAAUGUAUUCUUUAACCUUUAUUGCAUUUGUCAAUGUAAUUGAACUCUUAAGUGCCUUUAACGUUCCAUCUGCCCUUUACAUGAGGAUGCCUGCUACAAUAUAAGAGUAGAUUAAGAAGUCCUAAGCAACUCUGUGAAAGAUAGAAGCAACUGUAGCUGAAUAUUUCAU